AAAGGUGUUGAGGAGACAGCAAAGCACAAAACCACGACAACACUCUUAUUUAAGCUUUAGCUUUGUUUGAGGUUCUCUUCACAUAGAUAUCAGUUUUAAUGCUCUAAACACCCUUAAUCUCUUCAGCUGUCGAGAGCUAGAUUGAGGGUGUUCUUGCUGUUGUAGUAGUUGUUGUUCUUCUGGUAGUUGAUAGUUUCUGGGAAAAUGAAGCAUAAAGAUGGAAAACCGGGGUCUCAACCCGAUAAAAGUUCUAGGGUAGUCCCUAUGUCAAUCAUGUUUGUUGUGUUAUGUGGAUUUUCAUUCUAUCUCGGUGGGAUCUUUUGUUCUGAAAAGGAGAGAUUUGUAACUAAGGAAGUCGAAAAAGCUGUUCAGUCUCCCAAGGAAUCGUCAUCUAGUCCUCUCCAAAUUAAAUCAGUUGCUUUCCCAGAAUGCAGUAGGGAAUAUCAAGACUACACUCCAUGUACAGAUCCAAGGAAAUGGAAAAAAUAUGGUCUUCAUCGUCUUACUUUUAUGGAACGCCACUGUCCCCCAGUAUUUGAAAGGAAGGAAUGCUUGAUCCCACCACCAGAUGGAUACAAACCACCAAUUAAAUGGCCUAAAAGCAGGAAUGAAUGUUGGUACAGGAAUGUGCCAUAUGAUUGGAUUAACAAGCAGAAGUCUAAUCAGAACUGGCUGAGGAAAGAAGGCGAGAAGUUUCUCUUCCCUGGUGGGGGCACUAUGUUCCCCAGAGGUGUUGGUGCCUAUGUUGAUUUGAUGCAAGAUUUGAUUCCAGAAAUGCUAGAUGGGACUGUUCGAACUGCCAUUGACACUGGGUGUGGGGUUGCGAGCUGGGGAGGUGAUUUAUUAGAUCGUGGCAUUCUAACAAUGUCUUUGGCUCCAAGAGAUAAUCAUGAGGCUCAAGUCCAAUUUGCAUUGGAACGUGGAAUUCCGGCGAUCCUUGGCAUCAUUUCCACUCAGCGGCUUCCUUUCCCCUCCAACUCAUUUGAUAUGGCUCAUUGCUCAAGAUGCCUUAUCCCAUGGACUGAAUUUGGUGGAAUAUACCUCCUAGAAGUACACCGCAUACUCCGCCCUGGAGGGUUCUGGGUCCUGUCUGGCCCACCUGUAAACUAUGAAAACCGUUGGCGAGGAUGGAACACAACUGUGGAGGAGCAGAAAAGUGACUAUGAAAAGUUGACUGAGUUGCUCACUUCAAUGUGCUUCAAAUUAUAUAACAAAAAGGAUGACAUCGCUGUGUGGCAAAAGUCCUCGGACAAUAACUGCUACCAACAACUUUCUAGCCCUGAUGUGUAUCCACCCAAGUGUGAUGAUGGCACUGAACCAGAUGCAGCAUGGUACACUCCCCUCCGCCCUUGUGUUGUUGUUCCUGAACCGAAGUACAAGAAACUAGGGCUGAAGUCCGUCCCCAAGUGGCCAGAACGGUUGAAUGUUGCACCAGAUCGCAUUUCAGCUAUCCAUGGUGGGAGUGCGAGUACCUUCAAGCAUGAUGACUCUAAGUGGAAGGAACGACUGAAGCACUACAAGAAGUUACUCCCUGCAAUUGGGACCGAUAAGAUCAGAAAUGUAAUGGACAUGAACACAGCUUAUGGAGGUUUUGCUGCCUCUAUGGUUAAUGAUCCGUUGUGGGUCAUGAAUGUGGUCUCUUCCUACGCUGCUAACACACUUCCUGUGGUCUUUGACCGGGGUCUGAUUGGGACCUACCAUGACUGGUGUGAAGCUUUCUCAACAUAUCCUCGAACGUACGAUCUCCUUCACCUUGAUGGUCUCUUUACAGCCGAAAGUCACAGAUGCGAUAUGAAGUAUGUGCUCUUGGAGAUGGAUCGGAUCCUACGUCCCAAUGGGUAUGCUAUAAUCCGAGAAUCCAGCUACUUUGUUGAUGCUGUUGCCACCAUUGCCAAGGGAAUGAGAUGGGGUUGCAGAAAAGAAGAAACCAAGUAUGGCAUCGAGAAGGAGAAGAUAUUGAUUUGCCAGAAGAAGAUCUGGUACUCCUCUAACCAAAAUUCAAGGUGAAAAGAAGGAAUAGAAAACAAUACAAAACAUGGUUAUAGAUCUCUUGAAGAGCUGAGUAUUGAUAAUUCAUGAGGUAGAAUCAGAGAGAGUUUAAACUCGAUACCGCUCACGGAGGGAGUAGUUCAUUCUAAAAGAAGCCAAGAACAGAUUCAUCAAAUUCAUCGAUCCAAAGAAUUAGGACCCAAUAAUCUUAUUUGGUUCAUUUCUACUGCUGUCUAAUAUAUAAAUGUAUUCUUUGUAAGGCAUAUGAAUUGGUACAAUUCAUUGUACCCUUGUACCCCCUUAUACUCUUCCUUUUCUCUCCAUCUUUUUCUCACUAUUUAUUUUUCCUUUUACAUGUUGUAUUGUUAUUACAAAUAUGGUAUAUUGUGGACCUGAAAAUAUGUAAGGGGUUGGAAAGACACCUUCACAGGUUGUGAUUUUUAUGUGUAAUGAAAAAAUGCUGGUGGUUUUAAGAAACUCAUCCACGAGACUUUCACAA